AUGUGCACCUAUUUGGAUCCGGAUGAAGAAGUGAAGUUGAAUGUUGGUGGCGAAAUUUUCGCCCCAAAAGUAGCGAAUCUGACCCGCAUACCAGGAACAUUUUUGGCUAGAAUGGUGGACAGAACAUGGAAGACAUCGGUUUCCGAACCUAUAUUUAUCGAUAGAGACCCGAAGUACUUUGGUUUGUUGUUGGAAUUCUUGGCAACGGGUAAUGUUGAGCUUCCUCGAUCAGAUAUCGAAUUGGCUGCUAUCAUACAGGAAGCUGAGGUAAGCGUUUGCGUAAGUGAUUUGCAGAAAGUUGCGUUAAAAAUGCUUUUUUUGGAAAUAUUGACUCGAAGGGAGCCAAUUUUGACAAAAAUGAAACUUAACAGUGAAAAAGUUUAUGAGUUCAAAUAUCCCAACCAGUUAAAAGAGCAAGGUGUCAGAAAGUGUUGCUCCACCUUUACUUUGGGUUUUUUGGAAAGUUAA